AACAGACCGGGCUGCGCGUGGGGUUGCCAUGGGGACGAGCGCUCUCGGCACCUGGCCCCGGCGCUGGAGAACGCUCCUCCUCCGGGAGGCAGCCCUCUCCGGCCCUAGCCAUGGCACAGGAGACUGAGAACUACGACCCCAUCGGAACCAUCCUAAUCCAGGUCCAUGAAGACCUUUAUCAGUUAAAGGAGAAAUUAACAAAUUUCCCAGUUGAGGAAAAAGGAGAGGCUCUAAACAUUCAGAAUCUUGAAACCGCAAUCAAAAGGACUGAAAUGGGGUUAAGAAUUCACAUCGAGAAGUAUUUAAAUGUUGUUAACCAUCAUGUGUUAACGACUCCUAUUAAUGACGAUAAUUUAUAUUCUUCUCACGCUUCCAAGUGGUUGCUUCCAACUGUAAUUGAUCAGAAAUCAUUUAUUUUCCCUCUAGAAUCUGAGGGUAGACUUUGGCAACCCCAAAGACAGCACAGUACAUUUCCACAUGCCUUUCCGAGAAUAAAGCAAAAGAUUGGGUUGAAUGUAAAAAUCAUGCAGGAUCCAGAAAACAUCCACCACAGAGCUGCUGUAAGUGCGAACUAUGGAAUCGGUUUGCCAUAUAUUAAUCAGAGAAAAGCAUGUGUGAAGGUUAAGAAGUUAAUUAAAGGGUCUACCAUAUCCAAUCUCACGAUUCUACCAGCCUCUCAUCGCACGGAUCCCUACUUCACCCCCAUACCUGUCUUACAAGCGGAUGCCAGGAAAGGGAUUUUAAGUAUGAUUGAACGAGGACUGAUUCCACCAACAGCAAGGAUUACCUUUCAGAAUCCACCCAUUAUACGAAGAGCAGCUCCUUUGCAUAAUUUUGAUGAAGCACGUAAGAUCCCAGCUGCCGCCCCUUUCGCUACACUUCAGAAACCACAGCUGAUUCCAGUGGAAGCAAAGAAGUUCUCUUCCAAGAAACAAAGAUCAAAGGGGAAAAGCAAGAGGUCAAGAGGACAUCAUGAUAGGAAGAGCAUGAAAGCCACACCACCUUUGAGAACUGUGAAAUCACCAUGGGACUAUGAUUUUUUUAUUUAUAAUGGUGUCAUAGACAAGACAGCCCCCGACUUCUUAGCAUUCAAGGAACAUUUUAAUUUAUCUUGGGGAAGUAUUUUUUCUCUCCUGGAACACAUCGAGAAGUUUCUCAGGGACUAUGCAAUACCAGAAGUUAAAAUAAAAGGGAACAAUUUGGUAGCCUUCCUUCCAGAGUUUGAGCUGAAGAACAAACUUACCAGAUAUGACUUUCUCUCACUGUUAGAGAACCCACUUCAUAUCCAGAUGAUGUUAAAUCUUCCGGGGCAAAGGUACAAGGGCCAAGAUGGAAGGUCAGAGGCUGCCAACAAGAUCCAAGCCACAUGGAAAUGCUUCAAAGCAAGAAAAUUCUUCCUCAUGUAUCGCCAGCAGAAGUGGGCUUCAGGUGUGAUUUCCAUUGCAUGGCUCUUACAUUGCCAUAAGACCCGAGUGAAGAAGAUCCUGAAGGAAUCACGCGAGAGACACCUGGAGAAUUUCCGUAUUCGAGCCAAGCAUCUGGCAGCCAACUGGAAUCGCAUCAGGACCUCCAGGAGGACUAUUAUCCAUAUCCCAUCAUUAGGAUAUUCUCUGCCUGUGCGACAAAAUAUUGACGACUUCAACACACAGCAGAACAUGCAGCUGGGGAGGCUGUGUGACAUCUUAGAUGCCAAUGUGAGCGUCAUCUACAUCUGCUCCCAUCAGAUGAACGACGAGUUACUGCUGUAUUACAAUAAAAUCCUGAGUCUACAGGCAGCUGUCAAAUCAGGGAACCUUGAGGACAGAAGUGACCUGCAGGACAGGUUCAAAAUUAUCACCCCCGAAGCUAUAAACAUCUUUCCUAAGCAUCAUAUGUGCCUGGCCACUUACCUGAUGUACAGUCCCAAGGCGAUCAAAAGAAUAAAAAAUCUCAUCCAAGGAAAAGAGGCCUACAUUGUCAGCGGGCUCCUCCACAGAGAUGAUUUGGCCGUGGCGGAUAUGCUAAACAUACCCAUCCUGGGUCCAGAGCCUGAAAUAGCUCAUCUUUACAGUAGCAAGUCUGGAAGCAAAUGGGUCUUUGAGAACGCCAAUGUGCCAGUCCCUCCUGGAGUAUAUGGCAUCUAUCAUCACCAACAGAUGCUAGAACAGCUGGGUCAGCUGGUCAUAGAUCACCUGGAAAUUCAACGCUGGCUCUUUAAAAUGGACUAUGAGUUUGGAGGAAAUGGGACUGCAUUUUGUGACAUUCCUUCCCACCUACAGUGCUACCAGUGGUUCCUACAGGAGAGAAGCAGAUAUGGCCACGAGAACUGGAGGAAGAAAUGGGCACAAGAGCCAGCUUUGGUGAAGAUCUCCGAGGAGCUGGCGGGCAUUUUAGCACAGCACGCACAGCCAGUCAAUGAGAAACGGUUCCCGACGUGGAGGAAAUUCCUCCAAACAUUUCUCAGUCAAGGAGGCACGAUGGAAGCGUACCCACCUGCAGAAAGUGUCACCAACCUGACGGUGGACAUGCUGAUCGAGCCCAGUGGAGAAAUGAGAGUGCUGUCCACGGGGGAUCAGCUCCAUGCAGAAGGCCCCUUCAUUUCUACUGGUACCACCAUGCCUCAGACCUCAGUGGAUCCCCAAGUUCUCAGUUCUUUGUGCCUCAAAAUCGGAAACGCUUGUAAAAAGAGAAAUGUGGUUGGUUACUUUUCUAUAGACCUGGUGACAUUUAUUGAUCCAACCACCAUGGAACAGCAGGUAUGGGCAACAGGCCUCAGCCUCUCAUACAGUGACCAGCUGGCCCUGACUCAGCUCACCUUAUACCUGACCAACGGCCAUCUGGAUUGCAGUCUGAGCACCCUGAAAGUGCCCUGCUUUGUUCCCAAGAAAGAGAAGAAAAUGAGCUGCCUCAAUGCCCUCUCAGUGCCGUCGCCGGCGACCAUUCGCUACGCAGUGAUGACUACCCGGCUGAAGCACGACAGUCUCUCGUGGGUUUUCCACUACGUUCUCCUCCAAAUGUGUAAGGCCCAUGGCAUCGGCUAUGACAUCGAGGACAGACUGGGAACUGUUUUUAUAUUAUAUGAACACCUGAAGAGAGACAAGUUGGGAAUGUUAACAAUCGGUGAAGAUCUCCAGGGGGUCCUCAUGACCUUUGCUCGAAAUCUCUUCAUCAUCCAUCAAGAAAUAUCAGCACCUAAUAUGCAAGGCGAGACCAAUUUUAAGACGGCCAUUGAUGACAUUGAAGCCAUUCUAGGAGUAACAGAAGAAAACAAAAUAAGAUUUGAAGAAGAGCUAAAACAGUCUAAAGAUGACAACAACCUCUCUAAACCUGAUAAAUGAAUGCUCCUGGAAUAUUGCUGAUUUUGGAUUCUAAUCUGGAAUCCAAAAAAAAGGCAACAUUCUUUUUGCUCUUAGGAAUAAAAGU